AGUGUCGCUUCGAGAUGACCACUUCAACACUUGUUGGCCUUUCCAUCAACUUCUCCCAUUGCGCGUGUGAUCAACUUCGAAAAGCUGCCUUUGUGCCUUACCGCCCUGCCUAGGUACCCUCCUAGUCUUCCAGGUUACAGAAAGGCCUUGCAUUUCUUGGAUCUGACAAAACUACCCGAAGGUCGCAAGACGUGACCGCAUCAAUUUGCGAUCCGACCCGCAACGCGCGAACAUAGGUACUAACAUCAAUCCCGAGGCAACCCUGGCUCUGCCCAAGUUCCUUCGCUUCGUCGCAUCUUCUCUCCGCCCCAACCACUUCCGAUCGAGUACUAUACGUUUUGAAUCACAUUUGAAGGCUCGCCAGAUAUACCGCCAAAAGCUUCUGACCUUUCGACUCGACACUAUCCCAUUUUAUAAACAUAAAUUACAAUCGCGCAUCUGGGGUUUUCUCGUCAGGCGGGAUAAGAGGCGUCGAGAAGGGCUGCGGAUUGCUGACCGGCUGCUUAGGGGGCAGGAGUGGCAUCGUGCGCUCCCACGAUCAACGGCCCUCGCCCGGCGCCAUUUGAAGCCGGGGAGGGACGCAAGUGUAGUAGGAAAAGAAAGGGACAAGAUGCAAUCGCAGUCGGCAUGGGGCGGGUAUGGCGGGUACGGCGGGGAGGACCCGGCGCCGCGAGAGCCCGGGGCGCGACGAAAGAAGCUGGCGGCCAUGGCGGGAAGCGUCUACAGAGCUGGCGUCGCGGCAGCGGGGGAGAUGAGGGAGCAGUAUAACAACACACGUUUCCGCAACGUCGACAAUUCUAUCGACCCGCAGAUGACCAUCCCGGGUUCAUUUCCCAACGUCAAGAUUGUACACAGGGGUGAUGAGCAGAUGGUUCUCUUCCCGUCGUAUGCCAAGAGGCAUGUUCGACAGUUUGACGAUGAUGGGAAUAGACUGGACCAUAAACACCAAAUGUCGAUGCAGCACCAGGAUGGCCAGGCAGCCAUGAACGACGAAGAGUACUGGCACAACGAAUGGGCAAGAGUCGAGGACGCAAAGGCCGUCGUGGAUGUCGAUGUGCGCGGCUGGAUAUACUCCCCACACAAGGGACCUAUGACGAGAAAGAACAGAAUCUUGAUUGGGUUGGCAAGGCGCAUGAGCGGUAUCCCCCCGCCCACAAUCACGCAGGACAGUGGCGGCCAUGAAGAUUUGCGCGAACAACAGAAGAUUGCCAAAGAGGCCGAAGAGAUUGAGCGGAGGGGAAAGGGGGAGGAGGAAGUUGCGAACCGUGGAGGUUACAGCGAAGCACCCUAUAGUCGAGGUGGUGCUUACGACCACGAAGCCAGUACUCUGACUGUUGGCCGCGCACAAACCAUCAACAGGAGUGGUGGCGGGACACCGGAGUCUCCUCCCAGCUCGCCUGCGAUCUAUCCUCGUACCACUACUAGUGCCCCGACCUCUGCCUCUGAACUGACUGAGGCAGAAAUGGCUGUUGCGAAUUCCAAUUUGAUGGCAAGGCUGGGUCCCUUCCUGACCACCCCGUUAGUGCAACAAGCAGUUACGAUCUUUUUCUACAAUGAGCAGACCUCGCAGUCUCGCACAGUGACGACCAAUGAUGCUGGUCACUUCAGCAUACGUGCCGCGCUCGACUUUGUGCCAACCGAUAUUCGCGUGUUGGCCAACGAAAAUCUUUCGGCUACGGAACCGGUUGAAAUUAUCGAGCCUCGUGGCAUAAGCCUCAUUAGCGACAUUGAUGACACCAUCAAGCGUUCUAACAUCUCUUUGGGCGCUCGCGAGAUUUUCCGAAACACUUUUAUCCGGGACCUGGCCGAAAUGAGCGUUGAUGGCACCAAGAAGUGGUACAACACCCUGCAUGACAUGGGAGUACAGCUUCACUACUGCUCAAACAGCCCAUGGCAGCUGUUCCCCGUGUUAGCCACGUUCUUCCAUGGUUCAGGCCUGCCCCCAGGGUCAUUGCACCUCAAACACUACGCCGGUAUGCUGCAAGGUAUCUUUGAGCCUGUGGCCGAGCGCAAGAAAGGGACUCUUGAGCGCAUAAUGGAGGACUUUCCCGAGAGGAAGUUCCUUUUGGUGGGCGAUAGCGGUGAGGCGGACUUGGAAGUAUACACUGACUUGGCCAUGGCAAAUCCUGGUCGCAUCUUGGCCGUUUUUAUCCGUGACGUAACAACCCCCGAAGAGCCCCCAAGCCUGGGUUUCUUCGACUCGACUUUUGACCCGACUGCCGGGCUAAGGCAGAAGGCCAUCGACAGAACGGCAGGUGAACGCUCGUCAAGGCGACCGGCCCCUCCCGUCCGCACACACAGCAUGCCUCCCAACACAGAAGCACCAGUGGAGGAUCUCAUUGACCUGUCAGAUGAACCGGAGCAGAUAAAGCUCAACACCACAGCACAAAGCCUCGCGGGUCUUAGCCUAGACAAUGGCCAGUCUGCCGCCCGCAGCAAGCCUGUGCCCCCGGCUCGCCCAGCCAAGCCUGCUGCACUCAGGGGGUCGCCCUCCUUCACCCGAGACAGUGCUAUGCAUCCCCUGGCACAAAUGCAAAACUCUUCCUUCCAGUCGACCAAUAGUGAAACUGAAGUACCAGCACCGCCUUUACCUAGGAGGCCGAUUGGUUCUGCAAUCAAGACGCCUUCCUCCUCCAAUAGCCUAACGAUGAACAGUCGCCAUGGCUCUGAAGACAGCAAUAGCAAUCCCAAACCCGCCCCACCACCACCUCGUCGCCGCGGGACACCAACGAGCCAACCUGGAUCACAACAGCGGAAGCCAGGCACUGAUAGUAACCCAGAAAUGUCGUCGCCGGGGAAAUGGGAAAUCCUUCCUCCUCCAGCGCAUCCAGGAAUAUCACGCACCUCAACUGGCGGAACCAUGGCAUCGACAACGACGGCUAGCAACGGCGCAAACACUACAGCCGCAAAUGCAAUCAACAAGAGAGUUGAGCUAUGGCACCGCCGAUUAGACCGGGCACAGGAGAUUCUCUCCAGCCAAGGAGUAGCGCUUUACACAUGGCGCAGGGGCGAUGAUGUUAUCCUCGAGGCUACGGGAAUUGUGAAGAGGGCGAUGGCAGAGCUGAAAAGAUAGACUAAAACGAAGGGUGAUUUGUGUUGUUGGUGGCCGUGGACCAUCAGUGAACCCAGACACAAGCCCCAGUUGGGUUGUUCGCUCUGCCAAUUCGGCGUGCGGAUGCUUCUGGAAGUCGACAUUAUUAUUACGAUUGAUCAUGAAUUAUGAAGCAUUGAAUAUGGGGGCAAGCUGGGAAUGCCUUCCCGGAAACAGUUAGAUUGGAUAAAAUAAACCGCUCCUGUUAAGUUCCAUAGCCUCGACAUAUAUUAUCUUAUUAACUUAGACUUGACAAGUCUAUCUAUGAGUUGUGCAACAUAGGUCUCAUUUAUACAUCCUACAUUCGUUAGUUUUAUUUGGCAAUGGUCUUGCAUGUCUCAUCAAUCUAUAUCCAAUGUUAUAAUUUUCCCG